AUGGAAUAUCACAUGGAGUACUCGAACGACAAGUCGCAUAAACCGGAGAAGGAACUUUUUGUAGAGAAGUCUUUCGGCGGGAAAAAUGACAAGGGGAGGAAGAGACUCCUGAUGGUUCUGUCCGUGUCGGCAAUAUGCCUUCUAGCUGGAUCUGCAUUUUACUUUACCCCCACGGGGAGGGGGAAUGAUGGUCCCCUGUACGGGAACGCACUUGACGAGAACAGCAGUGAUGAUUUCAUUAUCACCACUUUGUUGAAAAGCCCACGUGGAAAGAAAUUCAUUGUGUCGAAGCUGGCCGAAUUGAUUGCGUCCUACGACAAGGAAGGCGACUUCCAGGAAGAGAAGCAAUCCAACCAGUUGACCACCGCUCAAGACAGAACGGAAAAGGGUGAAGAGCACUACAGGAAACGCUCUGGAAAUUUGAAAGUUGCCAAGAGGAGCGACAUCAACUUUGCUGACUCCAGAUUUUUGAUGGCGAACUUGGAGAACGUCAAUGCGUUCUACCUCUUUGUGAAGGAUCACGGGAAGAAGUACAAGACGGCAGAGGAGAUGCAGGAGAGAUACGUCGCUUUUGUAGAAAAUUUGGCAAAGAUAAACAGACACAACAGUAGGGAGAAUGUGCUCUAUAGAAAAGGAAUGAAUCAGUUUGGAGAUCUCUCCUUUGAAGAGUUUAAGAGGAAAUUUUUGACCUUCAAAAGCUUUGACUUCAAGACUUAUGGAGACAAACUGAAGGGUAUUACCAACUACGCAGACGUGAUUGACAAAUACAAGCCGAAGGAUGCUACGUUCGACCGUACGAACUAUGACUGGAGACUACACAAAGGAGUAACCCCUGUUAAGGACCAAGGGAAUUGUGGAUCCUGCUGGGCAUUCAGCACAGUAGGAGUGGUCGAAUCGCAGUAUGCAAUUAGAAAGAAUGAAUUGGUGUCGAUAAGCGAGCAACAGAUGGUGGAUUGUUCCGCUCGUAACACAGGGUGCUAUGGAGGUUUCAUCCCCCUUGCCUUUGAGGACAUGAUCAAAAUGGGAGGAAUGUGCUCAAGUGAAGAUUAUCCAUACGUGGCGGAUAUUCCAGAAAUGUGCAAAUUUUAUAUUUGCGAGCAGAAAUACAAAAUUAAUAGUUAUUUGGAGAUUCCUGAAGACAAAUUUAAAGAGGCCGUUAGGUUUCUUGGACCUUUAAGUGUGAGCAUAGCUAUAAGUGAUGACUUUGCCUUUUACCGGGGAGGUAUAUAUGAUGGAGAAUGUGGUGAUUCUCCCAACCAUGCUGUCAUCCUUGUCGGUUAUGGAGCUGAAGAUGUUUACGACUUUGAUACGAAGACGACCAAGAAGCGCUACUACUACAUCAUUAAAAACUCCUGGGGAAACUCGUGGGGAGAGAAGGGAUUCAUUCGCUUGGAGACGGAUAUGAAUGGGUACAGAAAGCCCUGUUCCCUCGGCACGGAGGCCCUAGUUGCGCUCAUAGAUUAG